UAAAUUACAAACAGUUGUCUGUUUCUGAUCAUCAUUCAUUCAUUCAUCGGUGAGACUGAGAGAGAGAGAGAGAGAGAGAGAGAGAGAGCUUCCGUUGGCGUUUCUCUGCUUCUUUCUCCUGAAGAAAAACGAAGCGAACACUUUUAAGGUGAAAAAAAGAGACAAAAAUGGUGGAGGCGAAGACGAAGGCAUUGUCGCACUGGUGGUGGUUCGACUGCCACAACAAGGUCAAUGACGCCACCCCAAGACGCUCACCGUGGCUCCAAUCCACCCUUGCAGAGCUAGAUGAGAAGACGAAGGCUAUGCUGAGGAUAAUUGAGGAAGAUGCGGAGUCGUUUGCCCAACGUGCAGAGAUGUAUUACACAAAGCGGCCAGAGCUAAUUGGCAUGGUUGAGGAUUUAUAUCGUGCCAAUCGUUCAUUAGCAGAGCGAUAUGAUCAAGUCAAGUCUGACACUUUGUUUCGCCUGAUUUCACCCUGGGAAUCCCCAUUGUCUUUGAAAAAUCGACAAAAGUCAAUUGCCUCGGUUGAUAAAUCCUACGAUAGCUACUCUGAGAGCUAUGACCCCAUGGAGUCUGGUGAAUCCGAAGUUGAUGAUCCUGAACAUGAAGAAGAAGAAGAAACGGAUGAAGAGGAAGAAGAAGUUUCGAGUGAGGCGGUCAGUGAUGAAGUGAUGAAGCUAAGGGAAGAAAUUGAGAAACUCAAAGAAGAGAACAAGAUUCAGAAGGAACAACUAGUGGAGAAAGAUGAAGAGAAAAGAGAGGUCAUAAGACAGCUCAGUGUAGCCAUGGAUUUGCUCAAGGAAGAGAAUGUGAAGCUGAGGAAGUUUUGUAUUGCUAAAGAAUCCCCCAAGAAAUGGAGCCCUGCUGAGUUCCACAAAUUGAAGGGUAUGUUUCUUGGGAAGUUGUUCAGUGGGUCCCCAAAAUCACAGGUGUAGAUGACAUGUCAGCAACUAACCUAUAGAACACAGUUCAUCGUAUCAUAUGCUAGGUUUAAACUUGAGCGAGUACAGAAUUUUAUGUUGGUAGUUUUCUUUCACCAUUGAUAUUCUUUCUAGACAUGUCUAGUGAAUAAUUUUGUUUGGGGGAUUAAAUUCAUGUCAUAGUUACUUUUAAUCUAUAUUGGGGCUCCUAGGUGUUACAUUAUGUAUUUUAUUUGGUUGUUUGAUAUGAUAUUCCUUUUAUAGUAAAAACGAAGUCGGUUUAGUUUUUCAUCAA